AUGUCGAUCCUCAUCACUGGCGCUGGUGGUUACGUUGGGCAAGAACUGGCCGCUGCCUUCCUUGCCAGUACACCUGCUACGACCACUGUUACAAUCACCGAUGUCGUUGAACCAGCAGUCCCCAAGUCAGCCACAGCGCAUGCCAGCCGUCUAUCUUGUAUUCAGGCAGAUCUCACAUCACCCAAAGAGGUUGACGAAUUGAUCAGUGCCUCCCGCCCAUUCGAGACCGUAUACCUUCUCCAUGGAAUCAUGUCCAGCGGCGCCGAGGCAAACUUCGAGCUGGGAACAAGAGUCAAUCUCGACUCGACGCGUUACAUCCUUGACCGACUACGUGUUACCAUGCCUGGUGUAAAGGUGGUCUUCACCUCUUCGUUAGCAGUCUACGGCCUCGCACCACCAGGCCUCCUCCCAGACGAGUCCAACUUCCCACCCGUACCCUCAACCUCCUAUGGAUCUCAAAAGCUCAUUAUCGAGACCUUGGUAACCGACUACUCCCGCCGCGGAUUUCUCGAUGGCCGCUCCGUGAGACUUCCAACUGUGACUGUCCGUGCAGGCGCUCCCACACAAGCUGCAAGCAGUUUUGCCAGCGAUAUUAUUCGUGAACCUUUCCACGGCAAGAAGGCUAUUCUGCCCGUGGGAAGAGAUGUCGAAAUGUGGAUCUGCUCGCCGCACACUAUUGUCAAGAACUUGAUGCAUGCGCGUGAUGUCCCGGCUGAGGCAUUCGGCACGUCACGAUCGGUCAAUUUGCCUGGACUGAAAGUCAGUGUCCAAGAGAUGUUGGAUGCACUGGAGACCAUUGGCGGUAAGGAGCGACGGGCGUUGGUGGAGGAGAAGUUUGACGCUGCGGUGGACAAAAUUGUGCAGACAUGGACUCCUCAAUUCUCCAAUGAGAGAGCCCUCAGCCUUGGGUUUUCACCAGAUAUUUCUAUGGAGGAGAAUGUUCGACACUUUGCUAGUGCAUUUGUGUAG